UUCCGGAAGCGGGAAAAAGAAAAGUAAACAAUGCACAAAUCAGUAAGUGCAUUCUAUAAAUGCUGUUUGAAAUAGUUUAAUGUCCAUACUUAGUCGAUUUUUAUCAUUAUUUAAUGGUGGAAUGAGAGCAUACAAAAUUCAAGAUUCGCAAAGAUUACGUAGAAUCGGUGUCACAGCUAAAAACUUACAAGAACUUUUAGCCAAAGGAUGUGAAAAACUCCAGAUAAAUGAAUCAGAAGUGACAGUGGUUAUAGAGGAUGAUGGCACAGUUGUUGAUGAUGAAAAGUUUUUCAGAAAACUUCCAGCUCAGACUGUUUUUGUGUUUUUGAAGAAAGGAGAGAACUGGCGUGGAGCUGGUGCCCUUAUCCAUGAUGCUCUUAGUAAGUUGUACUGUGCCAGUAGGAAGAAUGAGAUAGCCAAUCAGAUUAGAGACCUGUUGACUGCUGAGGAUGCACCAGAGAAGAUACAUAUAAUAUCACAGUACCUGGAGAUGUUAGAGACAAAUGUUGAUUCUGAAGACCGAGCCAAACAUGAGGAUUGGUUCGAAGGAUUAAAUAAGAAAUACAAGACAAAGAGUGAAGUGAUGAGACACAGUGCCCAAACCAGAGUUAGGAGUUAUUUCAUUACGGCAAAAGAACAGAUAGAAAAAGAAUCUGAUAGUGACCAUAAGAACUCGCUGAUCUCUGUCAUGGAUGACAUUAAUAACCUUUUAAAGAAGAAUGACUUCCAUGCUUUUUUUUUUGAUCGUACAUCGAGGGGAAUGAUGUGUGAUAAGAAAGGCUGGUUUACAUGUGAAGGACCAUUCGACAGUAAAAACUGUGAUAAAUUCCACACAAUAAAUCCGUACGCUUCACGUGGAUACAGACAGCUGUUUGGACUGUGGAACUUGGAUCAUAUAAUAGAAAAAUCAAGGGAGGUAAUUCCUUGUCUGAUUGAAGCUUCAAAGAAUUUACCUAAAGGGAAAGAACUGAAUACAGACCUUCUGUAUAAACUGUUGUUUACCACCGAAAAUCUUAAACUUGUACAGAUUGGAUGUCACAAGAAAGCUGCAAGGCCGUCAGGAAAUAUCACAUGGAAAGAUUUCUGUGUCUGACAAGUAUCAAUAGAGACAGUGUAUUAUCAGUAUUUACCAAGUAACAAUUUGUAACUGGAUCAAUGCUGUAGAUCUGUGAUUAAAGAAGCAGGAUUUUUCAUACAACUUGAAUGCUUAAUUUUGUAUAAUUUCUAUUACAGUAGUCUUAUAACUGAUACAGCACAAAACAAUCCAGCCUUUUAAGUUCCUCACCCUUGUGGAUGAUUCAGAAUCUCUUUAGUAGUAUUCUUCUAUUUUUACUUAUACAGCUACAG